GAGAAAAGAAGGUUGUACAAAGAUGAACACCAUCCCAAGAUUUUCCGAAAUUUGCAAAAAGAUAAAAUCCAAUCUCCGAUAUAAAAGCACCCACUUUGAAAUCAAAACCUUCCAACAUCCGGGGUUGUGAUCUUUCUUUUUCUUUGGUCGAUUUUCGAUUAGUUUAUUGUGAUUUUGCGACUUCACCACUCUUGCCUCUUCACUCUCCUGCCUAGUAUCAGCAAACACCCCCGACUGUACACGCAAAAAUCCCCAAACCCUUUCCAUGAAUUCAUCACUGAUUGCUUCGUAAUCGUAAUCGAUCGCUUUUGCGUUUUAUUUUCUCCGCCAGAUGAGGAAAAGGGCUCGCGUCGCACAAAGCAAGGGGGAUCAUCGUGGUUUUAAUUCGAAUGAUUUCAUCAGCCGAAUGCCGGAUGAUAUCCUUGUUUCUAUAGUAUCUAGAUUACCUCUUAAGGAGGCAGCAACCACUAGCAAUCUCUCAACAAGAUGGAGAUACAUAUGGUGUCAAACCGAUGGCUUGGAUUUUGAUGCCAAUGAGAAGUUAGAUAAGAUAGCGGUGGAUUCAAAGCUGCGUGUUGUAGAGAGACCUAAGUAUAUCAAUUGGGUAAACCGUGUCACCCGACAACACAAGGGCCCCACCAUUGAUGAAUUCAGGAUUUGUUUUGAUUUAGAUAAGAGUUCCAAAGGUGCUAUUGAUAAAUGGGUUGAGUUUGCGAUAUCCAAAAGAGUUCAAAAGCUAGAAUUGGAUUUAUUAGAGAAUGGUGAGAUGCUUCGCCAACCUCCACGAAACUAUGUUUUCCCCAUCAAGAUUUUUGAUAGAAGUUUAGGAUUAUCUGUCAAACGGCAGUCUUUGAGUGUUCCCAGAAUGGUUUCUGGUAAAGAGAUGGAAAUAAAGUUUCUUAAAUCUCUCUUUUUGAAAUGUGUUAAUGUGAGUGAAGAAGCAUUAAGGAAACUUCUAACCAGUUGUCCGGCUCUUCAACAACUAUCAAUUCAUGGCUCAGGAGACUUGGUAAAUGUUAAAAUUAGCGGACAAUCUCUUGUUUUGAAGUACUUUGAAAUAGUCUUCUGUUUUGGAGUUAAAUCCAUUGAGAUAAGUGAUUCAAAUCUCGAGUCAUUUAGCUAUCUAGGUCCAGGGAUUACUAUAAAACUCAGUAAUCUCCCAAUGCUCGAAGAAAUUUCAAUCGGUGAAGGGUAUUCAGGGUUUGAAAAUAAUGUGUUUGGGCAGAUAUCAUGCUGCAUUUCUCAUCUUCAGAUUCUUACAUUGGACAUUUACCGUCCAGAGGAAAAUAUAAAGUUUCUUUCUUUUCCUGAACUACCAAAACUCAAGCAAUUGAUAUUGAAAGUUGGAGCGUGGGAUGAUGAUAGUCUCCUUGAGUUCACUUCUCUGGCAAAGGCGUGUCCGAAUUUGCAGAGAUUCGUGAUACAGCUAAUUUGGAUGUCACCGGCCAAGAGAAGAAGAAAAAUAAGGCACGCGGCUAAGCAUCCCCAUCAACACCUCGAGGUGGUGGAGGUGGUGGGCUAUUACGGUCGUACUAGCGACGUUGAACUCGCGGUUUAUUUCAUUGACAACGCGAUCGCCCUCCAGAAAAUCUUGAUUGAUCCUCGUUAUCAGGUUUUGGAGCGAAUCCCGAUAGGAAAUGAUCAGUUGAAGAAGGAGAAAGCUGCUAGAUCUUGUGCCAAAAAGCAGCUUGAACCAAGAACACCUCGAGGUGUUCAAUUGGUAAUACUUUAAAACACCUUCGAACUAAUUACGAAUAAUUGUGUGUUUUUUAUGUAGAAUUUGAGUUCUCAUGAGAGACUACAUUUUGGGUCAUUUUUACUGCUCAACUCUGUUGAAUAUUUGUGAUUUUGCGGUAAUUGGUUCGGCAAACUGUUGUGCCAUUUUGGAGUCGUUGGUGCCCUGUUCUGGAAAACUGGUUUAUGAACGGUGGGUGUUUUUUAUAUCGAAAGUAGACGAGUUUGAUGUAAUGUACAACUUUUAUUGCAC